AUGAGGAACAUCGAAAGAGGCGACCAGGUCCUGAUGGAAGAAUUAAUAGAUUCCGUAACUGGAGCCUCCGUAUACGAUCUAUUCGAAGAAUAUGGGAAAAAGCAAAUUCAUCCCCAUUGUGACAACUGUUUUAUAAAUGACCGUAACGGGGAACCGAAGAAAAUAACAGAAUGUGUACUAUGCCUUACAGGCAUAUUGGGAAAGUGGAAAGGACUCACCUGGGAGCAGUGGAAGAAAGACACAAAAUACGAAAAAAAAGGAGACGAAUUGGAACUCUGGAAGGAUCUCGAUAGUUGGGCAUAUCUAUUAAUGUCUAAAGACGAGACAUUAAGGGCUUCCUGGGAGGGGAACAUGCAGUAUUUAUGGAAUAAGGUGAUUCGAGGUAUAGCCAAGGAGAUACCAAAUAGGGAGCGAAGAAGAAGAAACCUAGGGAUACCUGUCAGCAAAGAGGAAGCCCUAAUUAAGUUAACCCAUGGAUGGACGAAUGCAUUUAUAGAAGAGACCAAAAGCAGGAAAUUAUCGACAUCUGAAGUAAUAUGUACUGUGCUUAGUAGGAUGGGAUGGAUGCCCCCAAGAGGGAAAAUGCACGACAUGUGUUCAAGCAUAACUGGUAAGGAGGGAUAA